GUGAAUCCAGAGCAGAACUCCGGCCGGGCGGGGGCCCGACCAGCCCUGAAUCUGGGGAGUGAGAUGACCUCAAUCUUGCGGAGCCCUCAGGCUCCGCAACUUACUCUGGCCCUGAUCAAGCCUGAUGCUGUUGCUCACCCCCUGAUUCUGGAGGCUGUUCAUCAGCAGAUUCUGAGCAACAAGUUCCUUAUUGUACGAAUGAGAGAACUUCUGUGGAGAAAAGAAGAAUGCCAGAAGUUUUACCAAGAGCAUGAAGGGCGUUUUUUCUAUCAGCGGCUGGUGGAGUUCAUGGCCAGCGGGCCAAUCCGAGCCUACAUCCUCGCCCACAAGGAUGCCAUCCAGCUCUGGAGGACACUGAUGGGACCCACCAGAGUGUUUCGAGCACGUCAUGUGGCCCCAGAUUCAAUUCGUGGAAGUUUCGGCCUCACUGAUACCUGCAACACAACCCAUGGCUCUGACUCUGUGGUUUCAGCCAGUAGAGAGAUUGCAGCCUUCUUCCCUGACUUCAGCGAAGAGCGCUGGUAUGAGGAAGAGGAGCCCCUGUUGCGCUGUGGCCCUGUGCGCUACAGUCCAGAGGGAGGCAUCCACUGUGCAGCCGGACCAGGAGGCCCAGAACCAGCCUGAUGCAAGCCUGUUGGUCUGUGAAGACUGGUGGCA